AGGUAGUGUUUGGAGCCGCGAGCCAAGAGAGAAACCGUGUGACCCGAGUCAAACACGGUGAGGCUGAAGCAGGUUGGAACCGUUCAGCACUGACACAGCGAACCCGUAUCCCAGCACAUACCCUGGAUAUGGCUACGUCUAUACUUGGGGUGAGUCUGGCUUUGGAUUUAUGCGUAAAAGUUGUGCGUAAAGUUUCUACUCUUCUCUGUAGUUUGCUGCCCUCAUGUUUCCAAGAGUGUUUUAAGAUUUUAAGAAACUACCGAGUUAUCAGACAUUUCUUUGUUGUUGUUUUUUACCUCUACUAAAUGACUUUUUAAAAACUGUGAAAUACUCUUGAAGCUUUUCGGCAUCUCCAGCACACCCGAAACUUUGUAAAAAAAAAAAAAUAAGUUCCUAUUUUUUAAUCGCUGUUGUCAAAGCAGAAACGUGACAGAAAUAUAAGUUACUUUAACGUUCAGUACUUUGGUUCUUUGCUUUUUGAACCACACAUAUCUCCCUGAAAACACACAUUUUACUGUUCAAGUCAAACUUUUUUAAAACAACAAUAAAAACAGUUGAUUUAAUGUAUUUUUGUUUAAAGAUAGAUUGUAAACAACUUACAUCUUCCAGUCAAAAAUCCAGAAUAAAUCUUAAAUCCCGUUUUUCUGUCAUGUUUUUCAGGAAGAGCCAAGGUUUGGAACUACACCUCUAGCGAUGCUGGCUGCAACUUGCAACAAAAUUGGCAACACCAGUCCUCUUACAACUUUACCUGACUCGAGCGCUUUCUCCAAAGGUGGAUUUCACCCGUGGAAGAGAUCCUCCUCCAGCUGUAACCUGGGGUCUAGUCUGCCCGGCUUCACGGUAGCGACGAGCCGCGCGUCCUCGGGAUUAACACCGACCAGCGGCACCGGCAACAGCGCCUUCUGCUUAGCCUCCACCUCCCCGACCUCCUCUGCGUUUUCCACAGAGUACAGCGGGCUGUUCUCCAACUCGGCGAGCGUCACCUCUCAAGAGUCCGGGCAGUCAGCUUUUAUCUCCAAAGUCCACACCUCAGCAGAGACUCUGUAUCCGCGCGUGGGGAUGGCGCACCCAUACGAGUCGUGGUACAAGUCCGGUUUCCACUCCACUAUCUCUGGAGAUGUUGCAAACGGUGCGUCCUCGUGGUGGGACGUCCACACUAAUCCCGGCUCCUGGCUCGACGUCCAGAACCCUGCAAGCACCCUCCAGACCUCACUGCACUCCGGGACGCCUCAAGCCAUCCACUCCCAGUUGAGCGGCUACAAUCCGGACUUCUCCUCGCUCACGCACUCGGCGUUCAGCUCCACGGGGAUCAGCCCUUCCGCGUCCCACCUCCUGUCCACCAGCCAGCACCUGUUAACGCAGGACGGCUUCAAAACUGUCAUCCCCACUUACACAGACGCUUCCGCUGCAAACGCCAUGAUUUCUGGGGGCAGCUCAGGAAUAAGUAGCUCCUCCAGGUCAUCCAGGAGGUACUCCGGCAGAGCAACAUGUGACUGUCCGAACUGCCAGGAGGCCGAGCGGCUGGGACCCGCCGGGGCCAGCCUUCGGAGGAAAGGACUCCACAGCUGCCACAUUCCCGGCUGCGGUAAAGUGUACGGGAAGACCUCUCACCUGAAGGCGCAUUUGAGGUGGCACACCGGCGAGCGGCCUUUUGUCUGCAACUGGCUUUUCUGUGGCAAAAGGUUCACGCGGUCAGACGAGCUGCAGAGACACUUGCGCACCCACACCGGCGAGAAACGGUUCGCGUGCCCGGUGUGCAACAAGCGCUUUAUGCGGAGUGACCAUUUGAGCAAGCACAUCAAAACGCACACGGCCGGAGGAGGGGGCAAAAAGGGCAGCGACAGUGACACCGACACCAGUAACCUGGAGACCCCGAGGUCCGAGUCACCUGAACUUAUUUUGGAGGGGGUGAAUCCCAGAAUCACUGUAAAGGAUCCGUCUCCUCACGACGAGCCCUAAUGAGACUCCUCCAAAAAAAAAAAAAAAAACAGACUUUAAAAAAAACAAAAACAAAAAAACUGCACAGCGUUAAAAACGGGUCUUAUCUGACGAACAAUAAGGGAGAAAAUAUUCCAAGAAGCGUUUGCUAAGUCUUAAAAAAUAUCCUCCGCAGGCGUAUUUCAUGCGUAAAUCCAUCAAAAGAAAAACAGAGAUUUACUGUGGGCCUUUGGGGAUUUUUAAAGGGACAACUUGAAAAAUGAAAGGAUGUUUGCUUUGCGCGCAACCUGUUGAACUUUGGUUGGACAAUGUGAGUUCCAUCUUGUAUAUUGGCCACUAAACUAUGUGUUCUUUUCAUGUAAAUGUUAGGCUAUGAUUGUUUUAUUCGUGUUGGUAUAUCCUGGAAAUCAGGGAGUUUACUUUCGACGCACUUUGUGGAUAUGUAUGUACACAGCUUUUUCAACUUGGGUUAACCAUUUUUAUUUCCUUUGCUAAAAAAAUAUCUAUAUAUAAAUGUUUACCUGUAUAAAGUCACACGUAUAAGACUUUCAUUUUAUCGUAAUUAAAACAUCUCCAAAACGGCUGUUACUGUGUGAUGUAGAUUUUAUGUUUCGUUUUAAUUAAUUGUGGAGAGAUUUAAGAGAGAAAUAUUGAAUUUUAAAAUUUAUUUGAGAGCUGACCGAGGGCUAUUUUUCUUCAAAUCACCUACAACACCUUGACUUUGACUAUUUCCCCUGUGGAAUAAAUCAAUGUUUAAUGCCCCGGAAAGCAACAUUUCCCGGCCAAAUGAAAAUCUUGUUAAAUGGUAUUAAUUAUGACUUGGAGCACAUCGCAGCCCCAUGUGUCUUGUAUUUGCGAUUAGGGAUUCGUGUCUUAUCAAAUAUCUAAUUAAUCUCCGAGACAUCUUUUGUUCACUUUCACUUUAUCUGGGGGUUUUCCGAGGGGGUUUGAUGACAAAGGUCCCUGAAUAUUUAUUCUAAUUG